AAGGUAAGUUUCCAAGUGGGCAAAAAUAAAAAAGAAGAGUUUCAAGGCCUCUGAUAUAAAAGCGCAAAAGCGGCGCCAAACGGAACUGGUACCAAUUUCAAAAGCAGAUGAAGCAGAACCACCAAAUCGAAGAAGAAAAAUGGCGGAUUCUCAGACCGAUUCGAAAUUAUUCAGUGUUCGAAUUGUUUCAGUAGACUAUUAUAUGACCGCUCCCCUUCCUGGCUUCGACAUUUGUUACAGCAGUUUCCAAGGUGGGAGAGUAAAUGAGGUCCCUGUGAUAAGAGUGUAUGGUGCCACUCCAGCUGGUCAGAAGACCUGCUUGCACCUUCGAGGAGCCCUGCCUUAUUUCUAUGUUCCAUGCUCGGAGCUCUUCCUCCAAUCAGAUGAAAAAGGGAGCGAAUGCACGAAUGCUCUAGCUCUUGCUCUUGAGAAGGUGCUCAAGCUUAAAGGCAAUGCUGGUUCAAAACGUCAACAUGUCCAUGGCUGCAGCCUUGUACGAGCAAGGAAGUUUUAUGGUUAUCAUUCUUCAGAGGAACUGUUUUUGAAGAUCUAUCUCUAUCAUCCGCAGGACGUCUCACGCGCUGCCAAUCUUCUUCUGGGAGGUGCAGUGCUGGAUAAGUCAUUACAGCCCCAUGAAUCUCAUAUACCUUUCCUUCUUCAAUUUCUGGUUGACUAUAAUUUGUAUGGGAUGGGCCAUCUACACAUAUCAAAGAUGAAGUUCCGCAAUCCAAUUCCAGAUACUUUCUCCCCAAGGAAGGCCAACUAUGUUGACAGAAGAAGGCCUUCUGAUAUGUCCACUUCCACAACUGCAGAGUUUCAGGUUGAUUUAGAUGGUGAGGCUUGUUUAGAUAUGCCAAUUUGGAUAUCUUCUACAAUUCCGGACAAUUGGAUGUGGAAAUACUCUAGUCAGGCUGAUCCUUCAACAGACCCAGAUAUCCCUAACAUUAAGCGACAAAGUAUCUCUGAACUUGAAGGAGAUGCUAGUGUUGAUGCAAUUAUGAACCAGAAGUGGAUAUCCUAUAUGUCGCUCUCACAAACCUGUUCCCAAGAGAAAAUGGUUCAGUCACUAAUACCGAUUUGGGAGGAGGAGUUUGCAAGGAAUGGGGUGCAUGAAGUGGGCUUGCCUCCUGAUCCUGGUAAACCACUUCGAGAUGAUGUCUUGAGAACACUUUCACAUGAGAUUGGAUAUGAAGAGAUUCUAAUGGAAUUAAGCAAUGAUGUGAAGGUUUCUUCUGAUAUGCUGCAGUUAAUCAACUCAUCAUUGAAUGAUGGGAACAUUGCCAAUAUUGGACAUUGUGGCUCUUUAAAUAGUAUACGAGAACCAUCCAGAUGCCCAAAAGAGGGAUUAUUUCAAGAUCAUGUUUUGAAAAAAAGGGUGGAAACAUAUGCAUGUCCCAAACAAUUGUUAGCUGAUCAAUUGGAAGCAACUGUUUCCAUGGCAGCCUCACAGGAUGUGAAGGCUUCAGAUCAGGACACCUUGAGACUUCUAAAUUGGCUUGCAUCUUCUCAAGCUGCAGAAGACAUAGACUCUGAUGAUGACCUUGCUCGGGAAACCAUUUUGAGCCCUUUAAUGCCCGCAACAACUAUUGAUACGGUGUUGGAGAAGGCAAAUGUAGCCUAUGAGAAUGAAUCUCAGAAAGAGUGUGAGGACAUUCUUGAUUCUGUUCAUGAUUGUUAUUUUGAAGAAUUAGACAGAAAGACUUCUCAGUCCAGCAGCAACGAUCAUUCAUGCAGAAGUUCAUCGAGUAUGAUGAUUCCUCAGCUGGAUGGCUCCAAUGAUGAUCAAAGCCCCAUUUAUUUUGUUAAUGAGUCAUCUGAAACACAUAAAAAACCUGGGACAUCUUCCCAAGCAGAUUCUUGGAAUAAGGCUACUUUAGCUACUAGCAAUAAACACAAAAAGGAAAAACCACGAUGGUGCUCUUUACCAAUUGCUUUGGGUCAGAAUCAGAAUGAUUCACAUCCAAAUCCAGUUAACACCCCUAGCAGUCACAUUUGUGACGAAAGAGAUGGCGGAGGAACUUCUUCUCACAUGAAUUUUAACAAAUACCAAGUGGAAUCUAGUAUGAUAGUUGAAUGCUCUACACGUGAUUUGAUGAGGGUCAAAAGAUCCUAUCAGGCUGAGCCUUCUGAAUACGGAAAUCAGGUAAAAAAGGUACAACUUGGUGCAAAAGGAAAAGAAGAUUCUUUUCUUUAUUCAGAAUCCAGUCAUGAUGAGAAAGAGAAAAUGCCCCGUGAUUCCUUGAUAUCUCGAUCAGCAAUCACGGAUCAACCAAGAGAAUGUCAUGAGAGGAACUCAUGUCUUGCACUUCAGAUGCAGGUUGAGCCUGGUGACAUCAAAGCUGACAAAUCACAUAGUCCUUCAUAUGGUAAGUUGCCACUUCUAUCCAGCUCUAUGCUGAAAAAUGCAUCAAAAGAUGGAGUGUUUCUUUCUUCUGAAGGGCAUCAUGUUGAGGUCGGCAGCAGAGCAUCUGCAGGUUUGCAGAAUUAUGGAACGAGUGGUGCAUCAACAUCACAAGGGACUAAAGAUCUAUUCCAGCUUCCUGAUGUUGAGAAUCAAAAAUCUGCUGUUUACAUGGGAAGCUGUGGAUGCUGUAGUUGCGAAAAUGUCGACAGCUGUGUGAAAUGUACAAAGAUUUCAAAUCCUGAUCUUUGUACUUCUGUAGUUGCUCCAUAUUCUCAGUUCACAUCUGAAACUGAAGAAAAAUUUCCUGGUUGUGGGAAAUUGCUGCAAAAGAAUGCGGUAGGUUUAAGUCAAUCUCCUGCUGGUCCUAGUCAUUCAAUAUCUUCAGUAACCGGAGUAUCUGGUGAUGUUCUUGAACUUAAAGGCAUGACCUUCAUCAAGAAACCUCCUAAGGUGGAGUUCACAGAUGAACCUAGACUCAAUGCUCAGUCUGCAUGUGGUACCCCUAGUAACCAUGUCAACAAGAAAAAUAAAACAAGGACAUGUGAUCAGGAUAGAGGUUUAGAUAAAUGUCCCCCUUUCUUUGAGGGGAAUUUCCUUGUAGGAGAAAAGAUUUCCAGUGCUAAUUGUGGAACAAGCAACUAUGUUCAUUGUCAAGACAAUUUGUUGGGUGUACCCGUUCACUAUAAAAAUGAUGGGUCUUAUUUAUACAUGUUGACUCCUGUAUAUUCACCACCACGAAGUGAAAGUGUUCGACGAUGGCUGUCACUUGAUUGCGUAGAUUCUUCUAAAAUGAAUGUGGUUUCAGGUCCACCAGUGUACCCAUCAACAAAGGUUUGCUCUCAUGAUUUAGCAGAAUCACAGGGUUCUCAAUCCACCUUUGGUGUACAAAUGAAUCCUGUUGUCCCUGAUGCAAGAAUAAAACAACGAGAUGAAGGGAUUAUUUUGAAAUGUGAACCAUCAAUGCGUGGAUCUCAAGAUUUCUCCCAGAUAUCCGGUCCUGAUAGAAAAUCAAGGCUAACUCCAUUAAGUCAAACUGGCUUUCGACACCCGGCUAGUAUUGGGGUUGGACAGCAGUUAACAAUAUUGAGCAUAGAGGUCCAAGCAGAAUCCAGGGGUGAUCUGAGACCUGAUCCUCGGUUUGACGCCGUAAGAAUUGUUGUUCUCGUUUUUCAGGAAGAUGAUGAUUUUAGAUCUGAUACUCAUGUACUUUUGCAUUGCAAUGGUGAAUCUGUUCAAAGGGACCUUGAUGGAGUGUCUGAAUGUAAAGUUUUAACUUUCUGUGAAGAGAGGCAAGUAUUUUUUCAUUUCAUAAAGAUGAUUAAUUCUUUUGACCCAGACAUAUUUAUGGGCUGGGAUAUUCAAGGUGGUUCCCUUGGUUUUCUUGCUGAACGGGCUGCAUACCUUGGCAUUGGUUUGCUUAACAAAAUAUCUCGCACUCCAUCUGAGGGCAACAUAGCUUCUAGAGACUCUGAAAGAGGAAAACUAAGCGAUUUUUUUUCUGAAGCUGUGGCUGCUGACCCAAUGUUUCAUGAAGAUGCUGCAAUAAUCGAUGAUGAAUGGGGCCGAACUCAUGCCAGUGGAGUCCAUGUAGGGGGUAGAAUUGUCCUUAACGUUUGGCGACUGAUGCGUGGUGAAGUGAAGCUGAACUUGUACACACUUGAGGCCGUGGCUGAAGCAGUGCUGAGACGAAAAUUUCCUUAUAUUCCUAACAAGGUAUUGACAAAUUGGUUUUUAAGUGGUCCUGGACGUGCAAGAUACAGAUGUAUAGAAUACUUUUUAGAGAGGGCAAAGUUGAACCUUCAGAUCAUGAAUCAACUUGAUGUGGUAAAUCGAACAUCAGAGCUUGCACGGAUAUUUGGCAUAGACUUUUUUUCAGUUCUUUCUCGAGGUUCACAGUACCGUGUUGAAUCUAUGUUCCUGAGGCUGGCUCAUGCACAAAAUUAUGUUGCCAUUUCUCCUGGAAACCAACAAGUUGCUUCUCAACCUGCCAUGGAAUGUAUACCCCUUGUCAUGGAACCAAAAUCUGGAUUUUAUGCAGACCCUGUAGUCGUUUUGGAUUUUCAGUCACUUUAUCCAUCCAUGAUAAUUGCAUAUAACCUCUGCUUCUGUACUUGCCUUGGUAAAGUUACUUCUACGAAAGCUAAUAUCCUCGGUGUUAGUUCAUAUUCACCUGAUAAAAAUGUGAUGCAUAAUAUAAAUGACGAGAUAUUGCUCACUCCAAAUGGUGUUAUGUAUGUGCCUCCCAAAGUCCGAAAGGGGGUAUUACCCCGCUUGUUGGAAGAAAUUUUAGAUACUAGGAUUAUGGUCAAAACAGCAAUGAAGAAAUUGGCUCCUGGACAGCAAGUUCUUCACCGGAUAUUCAAUGCAAGGCAACUUGCUUUGAAGCUAAUAGCAAAUGUGACCUAUGGGUAUACAGCUGCUGGAUUUAGUGGGCGCAUGCCCUGUGCUGAGCUCGCUGAUAGUAUUGUCCAGUGUGCCCGUAGAACUUUGGAAAGUGCAAUUUCAUUUGUUAACACAAAUCACAGGUGGAAUGCUAAAGUUAUUUAUGGUGAUACGGACAGUAUGUUUGUACUCCUCGAAGGACGGUCUAUUGAAGAAGCUUUUCGAAUUGGUCAUGAAAUUGCAUCAGAAGUAACUGCAAUGAAUCCAAAUCCAGUCACGUUAAAGAUGGAAAAGGUUUACCAUUCGUGCUUCCUCCUUACUAAGAAACGAUAUGUUGGUUAUAGUUACGAGAACGUUGACCAAAGCAAACCAGUGUUUGAUGCUAAAGGUAUUGAGACAGUACGAAGAGAUACAUGUGGGGCUGUGUCCAAGAUAAUGGAGCGCUCUUUAAGAAUCUUUUUUGAAUAUAGGGAUAUUGAGAAGGUGAAAUCUUACCUGGUUCGUCAGUGGAAAAAGAUCAUAUCAGGCAGAGUAUCUCUUCAGGAUUUUGUGUUUGCGAAAGAGGUACGGUUAGGCACCUAUUCUGCACAGGCUUCUUCACUUCCACCAGCAGCAAUUGUUGCCACUAAAGCAAUGAGAGUAGACCCUAGGGCAGAACCUCGGUAUGCAGAGCGAGUGCCUUAUGUUGUGGUUCACGGUGAACCGGGUGCCAGGCUGGCUGAUGUCGUGGUAGAUCCCUUGGAUGUUCUUUCAAUUGAUUCACCUUACAGGUUAAAUGAUAUAUAUUACAUCAAGAAACAGAUAAUCCCAGCUCUGCAACGAGUAUUUGGGCUCGUUCGAGUUGACUUGAAUCAGUGGUUUUCAGAUAUGCCUCGUCCAGAGCGGGAGGCUGGCGGUAAACGUCACCUAUUUACUGCAAAUGCGCACAGAACUAGAAUUGAUUAUUACUAUCUGUCAAAACAUUGUAUCUUAUGCGGAGAGCUGAUCCAGGCAUCUAGUUACGUCUGUCAAAACUGCUCCAGAAAUGAAGCUGUAGUUGCUGCUGCUUUAACAGGAAGAACUUCAGUGUUGGAAAGAAACAUCCAACGCCUUGCUGCUAUAUGUCGGCACUGUGGAGGAGGAGAUUGGCUCAUAGAAAGUGGGGUGAAAUGCACAUCUCUCACAUGUUCUGUUUUCUACGAGAGGAGGAAAAUCCAGAAAGAACUCCGAUCUCUUUCUGUUGUUACUACAGAAGCAGGUUUUUAUCCCAGGUGCAUGCAAUUUCUUCCUUUUUCCAGUUUCCCAAUCCAAGCAACCAUGGUUCUUUCUCUCCUUCUCCUCAAACGCUUAUCUUCCUUUACACCAAAACCCUAUCUUUUCACCCUUUCACAAACGAAAACCUUCUCUUCUUUUUCACCUUCAGAUAAGCCUUCUUCUUUAUCAGCUCGCAUGAGCUUCGUGUUCGACCAAAUCGAUGCUAUUGAGAAAGAACGGUCCGAAAAGGACCAAACCCUUCAACGAAUUCGGGCCUGGCGUGAAUCCAAAAAGGGAAAUCAAACUCAAACCCAAACCCAAACCCAAGACCUGGUUGGUUCAAGCUCGGGUUUUUCUGAUGUGGGGUCAUCGGAAAUGGAGUUGGAAUCGAGAAAAAAUGAUGGGUUUGAUGGUGGUGGUGGGUUGAUGAGUAAGAAAGUGGAAUUGGUGCAUCCGUGGCCCGAAUGGAUCGAGUUAAUGGAGCGCUUGGUUCAGCAGAAUUACUUUGAUCAUAAGAGAAAAGAUGAGGAAAAAAUGAUUGAGGAUUUGGGGUUUAAUUUAGCUGGCGUCGCUGAAGAUGAGGGUUUUGAUUUUACCAGGGAUUGGAAGACUGUUCAGACUGCUCUUCUCAAUUUUGGCAAAGACCGUUUCGAUAUAUUAAGGUCAUUAUCGAGACAGGAUCUCCAAAUUUUGGUUGGUUAUGGAUGCCCUAGUACAGACAAGAAGGUGGUUUUUUCUGCCAAGUUAUUGAGGAAACACGUCCAUCUGGACGAAGGGGAUGUUUGCAGUUCUUGCAAUUUGAGGAGUUCUUGUGAAAGGGCAUAUUUACUUACCAAUAAGGAGGAUGAAGCAAGGACAAUGGAUGCCAUGCGUGUCCUAUUGACUUAUGGUUUUGAUGCAAUCAAUGGAUCAGUUGUUAAUGAGAGUCUUAUGAAGAAGAAAUCUGUAAAGACUGUUGUUCGUAAAUUGCUUCACGAAGUAGUCAAGUUGAGUGCUGUUCCAAUAGAUCCAAAUCUUCCACCUCCAGUUUUUAAAAAACCACCUCCAAAGGUGAAGCAGCCACCUCCCCCUCCGAGGAAACGAGUAGGACGUGACGACAUUGAGAUGAAAAAAGGAGAUUGGCUGUGUCCAAAGUGUGACUUCAUGAAUUUCGCGAAGAAUACCAUAUGCUUACAAUGUGAUGCCAAUCGGCCGAAGAGACAGCUGCUUCCAGGAGAGUGGGAAUGUUCCCAGUGUAAUUUCUUGAAUUAUAGGAGAAAUGUGGUAUGUUUUCAUUGUGAAUGCAAGCGCCCAGCUGAUGACUAUAUGGCCGCUCAACAGCAGGAGAGGCAACAAGGAUCCAAGACACAAAUGGAUAAAAUAUCUCGCCGCCAAGAUGUUUCUAAUGCAUGGAAUUUUGAUUUUGAUGAUGAUGAGUCAGAUGGUGCAGACGUUGCUGCCUUUGAGACUGCAGAUUCUCAGAAACUGGAUGAAGAUUUUCCCCUGGAUAGUCAAGAACGAAGAGAUACUUCUAGGACCAAUGAGGAUGGUUUCCACAAGAGCAGUAGGCCUCCAAAAGGUUACGAAACUGAAUACCCUGCACCUGGGAAACCAGGGGUAGGAUUUAACGAUUUUGAUGAUGAAGAAGAUGAUGUUGACAGCUAUGAGAUAGACAGUAAUGGAGCAAACAGAAGUUCUAGAAUAGAUUUCUCGGAUAUUGAGGACAACUCUGAAUCUGAAGAUAUUGAUAGUGUUGAUGACACUUUGCUUGUUGGUAGAAGGAACAGUUCCAUCUCAACUGAUGCACAUUUUAGACCGAGGCGUCAAAAAGGGGCUUUUCGUGGUUCUGAGGAUGCUGAAGUGGAUUUUGACACAGAUGACGAGCUUCCAAUUAAAACUAAUAUGAAAUCUAGCCAGGUUUCUUAUUCUAAACCAAGAUCUAGGAAUAAAGGUGCCAAGAGUUUUGACUCAGAUGACGAUUAUGGCCUCAGUUCCGACUCUGAUGAUAGAGAUUUCACAAGUCAGCAGAAUAAAGGGAAUAAAUGGGGAUCAAGAAAGGACUUUGGAAGGAGAAGGAGCUCGUACAGCGAAGAUGAGCCCUUCUCUGACUCGGAGAGCAAUAAAGGUAGGUCAUUUCACAAAAAUAAGCAAAGAGGUGGUAAGACAGGUCAAAAUGGCAGAUGGGACUCAUCCGAAGGUCGUGGUGAUAGGAUAAGAGACAAAAGAACCUCUUUUAGAGAUAACAUGAAAAGAAGUCCCAGAGACUCACGUGGAAGCAGCAGGAGAAGCCAAGAUAAUGGAUAUAAUGAUUAUAGAAGUCGUGGACGUGAAGAAUCUUAUAAACAGCAACGAGGAAGAAAGAUUAAUUAUGGUGAUCAAUCAGAUAGUUACUUAGACGAUGAAAGACAUAGGAGGCCUAGAAUAAAUGUACGAUAAGUCUCAACAUUCAGUUUAUCAUUUCAAGAGCUGGUUGGAAUAGCACUGUGGGUCUCCCGAAUGAGGAAAUGGAACUUCACGAAGGGCUUUCCAGAAAUCAGAAACAGCAUGCCAACUUCUGAAUAGCCAUCAGGUACGUCAGCUUGAGAGCUAGAAGCUUCUUACACUAGAGAUGCGCUACAAGGAAAAGUGUUUCAGUGACUGGGUAUAUAUACAAGCCGGUAUACAAAUUUGAUUGACUAAAGCUUCCUACAAAUAAGCCAACCAGGAAAGAAGUAAUGAUUCCCAGGCAAUGACUUCCUCGUAGCAACCCUAUGCUUGACCUGCAAAGGUGCAGUAUCUUCAAUCUUCUUUGAAGUUUUUCAUUUAGUUCAGCUGAUGAUCAGAUCUACGCAUUGUAACUAUAGACAUUUUUCUGUAAACAAUAAUUUGCUAACUAUUGAUAUUGGUCCUGGUUUUUCGUAGUAUCCAAUAGAAUUACACUCAUCAAUGCAAUUCUUACCUUAUCUGGUUGCCCAAGUCCUAUAAUUAAAAGAAGGGCAUUGAAAUGUUGAGGUUUUCUUUUUUUCUUGAA